AUGCCUCGUCGGUUUAGCAGCACCUCCUCCUCCAACGACACUUCCAACUCGCCGUCCUUUUCUCCUUCCUCGGGAAAGGGCGGUAUCGCCAUCAAGGCGCCCUCGGUCAAAUCUAAUCGCCUGUCCCAAUUGUUCUCGGUCUCUCCGAAAUCCAAGGCCGAGCCUCAACCUACACAGGCGGCUCCACAGUUGGCCAUUGGGAAUCCUAACACCGCUCCGCCGAUUAGCUCGGCAUCACUGUCCCUACCGACGAUCUCCCUGUCCACGGCCACCGCCGAUAACCAGAACAUGGACGAGAUGUCUACCACGCUCUUUCAGCCUCCGACCCCUGAGGAGGCCCGCCGGCAGGCCAAGCAACACGCCCAAUUCGGCCCCAUCGGUCACCCCUCCCACCGGUACUCGAGUCGACACCCUGGCGGUGUCUUCCCGGAGCCGGUGAUGGACGAGCCGCCGUAUUAUUACCUGCUUACGACUUAUAUCAGCUACCUAAUCCUAAUUGCUUUCGGACAUGUCCGCGAUUUCUUCGGCAAGCGUUUCCGCGAGGAAAACUACCGACACCUGAAGCCCCGCAACGGCUACGGUGCCCUCAACAGCGAUUUCGAUAACUUCUAUGUGCGCCGUCUCAAGCUGCGCAUCAACGACUGCUUCGAGCGCCCCGUGACCGGUGUCCCCGGACGAACCAUCACCCUGAUUGACCGGGCGACCGACGACCAUAACCAGCACUUCUACCUGACUGGCACCACCACGGAUACUCUGAACCUAAGUUCGUACAAUUACCUGGGGUUUGCCCAAUCGGAGGGACCUUGCGCCGACAUCGCGGAGGACUCUGUCCGCAAAUACGGAAUUGCGACCCCCAGCACCCGCGCGGAAACCGGUACCCAAGAUCUGCACAUCGAAGUGGAGGAUUUGAUUGCUAGAUUUGUGCGCAAGGAGGCGUCCAUGGUCUUUUCGAUGGGUUUCGGUACCAAUGCCAAUGUCUUCCCGGCACUCGUUGGCAAAGGUGAUCUGCUCAUUUCUGAUGAACUGAACCACGCCUCCAUUCGCUUUGGUGCUCGUCUCUCUGGUGCCUCGAUUGCUAUGUUCAAGCACAAUGACAUGAAGGAUCUGGAGCUCAAGCUGCGUGAGGCCAUCUCUCAAGGUCAGCCCCGCACUCACCGACCCUGGAAGAAGAUUCUGGUUGUUGUGGAAGGACUCUACUCUAUGGAGGGCUCCAUGUGCAACCUGCCUGGUCUUGUCGCUCUCAAGCACCGCUACAAGUUCAACCUCUUCGUCGAUGAAGCCCACUCUAUUGGCGCCAUCGGACCUCAGGGCCGUGGUGUGUGUGACUACUUCAGCAUUGACACCUCUGAAGUCGAUGUUCUCAUGGGUACUCUCACCAAAUCCUUCGGUGCCAACGGUGGUUACAUUGCGGCUGAUAAGUCCAUGAUCGACAAGCUUCGGGCCACCAAUUCCGGUAUCUUCUAUGGUGAAUCACCCGCUCCAGCUGUUCUCAUGCAAAUCUCCUCUGCGCUUCGCAUUAUCAACGGCGAGCUCGUCCCUGGCCAGGGCGAGGAGCGAUUGCAGCGAUUGGCCUUCAACUCGCGGUACCUCCGCCUCGGGUUGAAGCGCCUUGGCUUUAUAGUGUAUGGCCAUGAUGAUUCUCCCAUCAUUCCUGUUCUUCUCUUCAACCCGGCCAAAAUGCCUGCUUUCUCGCACGAGAUGCUGCGGCGCAAGAUCUCGGUUGUGGUUGUCGGUUAUCCGGCCACCCCACUGGUCUCCUCCCGUGCUCGUUUCUGUGUCUCGGCUGCCCACACCAAGGAAGACCUGGACCGGGUUCUGACUGCCUGCGAUGAGAUUGGCAACGUUCUCCAACUCAAGUUCUCCACCGGUAUCGCCGGUGGCGCCAUGCCUCCUAACGAGGAGAUGGCUCCUCCCCCGAGAUGGAGAAGGAGUGGCACCGCAAGCGCUCAACACAAAUGA